CCGCAUCGACGACACAGUCUUCUUCAGUUGUUAAAAGCUGGUGGUACACGACGAAGAAGUAUUUGAGAAAUAAAACAUAAAUUAAAAACAGAGAAUGAAGAAUAUAAAGUUAUUGUUGGUUUUGAUUUUUCUUUUCGGGUCUAAAGCAGAUCAAGAGGAAGACGAUCUUUUUAAAGAUGGAAUGCAUUUCUUGGAAUUGUGUGGAGAAAGGAGUUUAUCAAUUUGUUUUAAGGAAAGAGCUUUGAGUUAUUUAGAACACCUUCCUUCAAGUUUGGAAAUUGCGGAUACAAUCAUUAUUAAAAAAGUCGAAGAUAAUUCAGCCAGCAGAAGAAUGACGACCACUUUACCGGAUGAACCAAGUAGCAGAGAAGAAAUGCUUGAUAAAGUUAUUGGGGAAAAAAUUUAUGAUUUCUUUUCGACACAUACUUUUGAAUUAAAAAUGCCCGGGGAAUCAAUUAAUGAUUUUAAAAGAUCAUUUGAAGACGAAGCGAGGAAGAAGAAGAAAAAAGGGGUCCCAAUAAUGAUGCUGUUACAACUUAAGGCAGCAGCAAUUGGUGCGAUAAUGUUAAAAAUAAUCGGAUUGGUGGCUUUUAAAGCACUUUUAGUAGCAAAGGUCGCCUUAACAAUAGCUACUUUAUUGGGAUUGAAGAAAUUGUUAGAAUCUAAGAGUCAUUCAUCAUAUGAAGUCGUUGCGCAUCCCGUUUAUUCUGAAGAACACGGUCAUUAUGAUAGAUCAUUCGAUCAAGAAUUAGCUUAUAAAGGUCAUUUGAAACGACUCAUAAGAAAUACAUAAAAUCAAUCGCAAUGAAAAAUUAAAUAUACAAUAUAGUUUAUAAGUAAUCGGUGUUGUUUAAGCUUUAGCUCAGGUAAAUUAUUUAUGUUUUUUUUUUUUGGUUAUAAGAUUUAAUUUUUUUCUUUGUUCACCUAGAAUGUGUAUUGUUAUAUUUAUUCAGUAUUUUGUUAUGAUGGUACAAAAUCUAUAUUAAUAUUUAAAACAUGUGAAAAUAACUGGUUAAAUCUAGUCAAAUUUUUAUAAAUCAAAAUACACUCUUUCUUUAUUAAUCAUAACUUUUUGUGCAAUACUUAACAUAUUUAUCCAUAAUUAUCUUAAAGUUUCUGUAUGAUGCAUUUAUAUCGGUGUUAUUUUAUAGUAAGGAUAAUUUAAUACGGAAUUAUAAGUUAUGAUGUAUAAGUUGAAAUAAAAUAUUUUACUGCUUUACUUUUCAA